AUGUUGGGAAUCGCCGAACCUCGCACUUCAUUUGGGCCGGAUGUUGCUGCUGCUCCUGCAGCUGCAGACCGGCCGGCCGACCGACCGAACCCCCCGGUAACCUGGGACGAAGCCGCGGCUGACAUUCGCUGCGUCGUUGCGCACAUGCAGAAACUCCGCGAUUGGUACACACGCAAGACCCCCGUCGAAUUGUGGUUGGAGCUCCUCCGCCAUGCCGAAGCCUUCGAAGAUUGGGAAGAAUCCGCCCUACACCUCGACAACCUGCUGGGAUUGGACUUGUGGAGGAAUAACCCGACAUCGAAAUACUACGAUUACCGUCUGAUCAACGAGCGUCUCAAUUCCCUAAUCACAGCGAGGGAGGAUGGCAACCUUCACGCGCUGGUCAACCUCCUGCGCUCCGGCCUGAUCCGGAACUUGGGCAACAUCACCUCGCCCACGCUGUAUAACCGGUCAUUCGCCGGCACAAAAUAUCUGAUUGAAGAAUAUAUUACUCAAAUCGCCGAGGCGGUCGAGGACAUUACCCAUCUGCCGACUACGCCGACCUCCGAAGGCAAUGGCGCUCCCAUCGGAUUGACGAACCAGAUGAAGUUGGACUUUAUCCAUGAUACCAGACAAGCUUUUGGGAGGAGCACUCUUGUCUUACAGGGCGGUGCCAUAUUCGGUGUGUGCCAUCUCGGCGUCGUGAAAGCGCUGUUUCUCCGAGGGCUGCUACCGCGCAUCAUCACUGGGACUGCUACGGGCGCUCUGAUUGCGGCUCUUGUUGCGAUUCACACCGAGGAAGAACUACCAAAUGUGCUCAAAGGAGAAGGCAUCGACUUGUCCGCUUUUUCCGGCAAGGGCAAGUCUGAAAAAGGCCCUCAAAAGGAGCAAUCCUACACUACGAGGUGGAGCACCCUUUGGAGGCGGAUCAAGAGGUUCUCUCGCGAGGGCUAUUUCCUCGACGUCAAGGUACUAGAGGAGUGUGUACGGGCCAACGUCGGCGAUCUGACAUUCGAAGAAGCGUACAACCGCAGCAAGAGGGUGCUGAAUAUCACAGUAGCAACAGCAGGACAGGGUGGCGUCCCGACACUCCUCAACUACCUAACGGCGCCGAAUGUUCUGAUAUGGACUGCGGCAGUGGCAUCGAAUGCCUCCUCACCCAGCCUAUACGGCCAUCGAGAAACAACUGUGCUCUGCAAAGAUGCACACGGAAACAUCGUGCCAUGGGCACCAGCAAACACGAUCGACUUCCGCCAUUGGACUCACGUAUCGUAUUCUGACCGAGAGUCGCCGCUUCUUCGAAUCGCCGAGCUCUUCAACGUAAAUCACUUUAUAGUCAGCCAGGCCCGGCCAUACCUCAUCCCUUUCUUGCAGAGCGACAUGCACGGGCCUUCGCUCAUGGAGACGCGUAACAGCACGACUUCGAUCACGGCCUUCUUGGUUCGCAUGGUUGGGCUGGAGCUCAGGCAUCGCCUACGCCAGCUCGACACUUUGCAUCUUCUGCCUGCUGGCAUCCGUCGGUUCCUCGUCGACGAGCGGGUGCCAGGAGCAUCCAUGACCCUAGUACCAGAAGUGACCGCCGGUGACUUUGUGCGCCUGCUCGAGACGCCCACGAGAGAAACGCUGGACUAUUGGAUCUCAAGGGGCGAGCGGAGCGUCUGGCCUGCGGUCGCCGCGUUGCGCAUUCGCUGCGCCGUCGAAAACGAGCUGGACAGGUCGUAUCAAACAGUCCGAAGGUUCAAGGCGGGUGGGCUCAGGAGGAAGGGGUCAACGGCGGCGGCGGCGACCCUGGACAAAGACCGGAGAGCUAGCAGCAUGGGUGCGGCAUAUUGA